CGUGAUCUUCUCGUGUCUUCUGAUACCAUUGAAUUCGUUUUUAGAAGAGUUUUGUCUUUGAUUUUUCAGCCUCCAGUUUGUGGAGGUUCGUCCGGAACCCGACCUCGACGUCAAGCAGGAUCGGAAAACGCAGACUCGGAAGGUACUCCAGCUACCAUUGAAGUAUACAGCGGCCUCUAUGUAAAUGAAGCUAACGACCUCGCCAAAGCUGGCCAAGAUGAUGACUCUGUCUUCAGCGAAAAGUAUCCCGAUGAUGCAAUCUGCAUAUCCCAAAGGAGUUUCGCAAUUGGAAUUUGCAUCGCCGGUUUAAUUCUUAUGCUGUGCGUGGUGGCCGCUAUUUUGUGUCUUUUGGCGAGACGACGAAAGAAAACUGUGUCGAAUCCUGGAAGUUCCAUUUACAGUGGACCAUACACUAACACCGCUUACAGUCACAGCAGCUAGAAGAUCAUCGAG